AUUCAACAAGUCAAACGUCGCAUCCGAGUUGAUCUCGUGCCGCUCCCGUCAUCCCACGAGACACGCUGCGUGAACCUGGCCUGAAGUUGCCAACAUGGAUAGCAAAGAGCAUGGGGCAGUGAGACCGUGCCUGCAGCUGACAGUCCAGUUGAUGUCCACGUACAAACGAAUCAACAGCGUGUACUAUAAGUCUCUAAGGGAGAAACAAGCUGAGAAAACCAUGGUGUCCAAAGACCCGACCGACGGCUUGACCAAACACGUGGACACGUCCAAGAAAGUGGACAAGAUCAUGGCUGGCCACUACGUACCCGCCGAGAACGAAGUCUUGCAUGGCCGGUACCGCAUCACAGGAAAGAAGUUGGGCAUGGGCACAUUUGGCCAAGUCCUCGAAGCGUACGAUGAGACGUCGUCUCAAGGAGUGGCCGUCAAGAUCAUCAAGAACCACUCGCACUUUUCAGUGCAAGCCCAGACGGAGAUCAAGAUUUUGCAGUACAUGCACACGAGCACCCAUGGCGACCGUUGCCACAUCGUGAGAAUGGUCGACCACUUCACCCACAAAGGCCACGAGUGCCUCGUGUUUCCGCUGUGCUCGUACAACUUGUACGAGUUGCUUCGCAGCAGUCAAUUCAAAGGCGUGGGGCUCAAACUCAUUCGCAAAUUCGCCAAGCAGAUCGUGGAAUCCCUCGAGUUCCUCGCGUCAAUCAACGUCAUCCACUGCGACCUCAAGCCCGAGAACAUUGUGAUCGCCCGUCCGAACCGCAGCAACAUCAAGAUCAUCGACUUUGGCAGCUCGUGCCUCUCGGACAAACGCGUGCACACGUACAUUCAAAGCCGGUUCUACCGCGCGCCCGAGAUCCUCCUGGGCAUGAAGUACACGACCGCCAUCGACAUGUGGAGCGUGGGAUGCAUCUUAGUCGAGCUGCACACGGGGUCGCCUCUGUUUGCUGGUCAGGACCUGCCCGACCAACUGCGCAAGAUCGUGCAAGUGCUGGGCAUGGUUCCUGGACAUGUUGUAGAGCAGGCCAACCCGAGUGUCCGCUGCGAGUACUUUGCGCGGGAGCAGCAGCACCCAGGGUGCACACCUACGCGCAACUACACCCUGCGGAAGAAGUGUCCAGCAAACGAUGCGCCGAUGUCCCUCGAGUCCAUUUGCACGCUGGGCGGCCGACGAUUGAACAAGGAGCCCGACCAUUCCAGCGACGACUAUGCCCAGUUUGUGGACCUGGUCACCCGCAUGCUCGAGAUUGAUCCUGCGAGGAGGAUAACCCCCGCCAUGGCUCUGCGCCAUCCGUUCUUUCAAGACCGUCCACUGCCCCACACACGAGGAGGCGGCGACAAGAAGCGCGCGACGAAACCGGCCGACGUGUCCAUGACAGACGACAUCCACCCCACGACGACCACCGAGGACGAUCCGUGCCAAGAAUACACGCACCGAGCCAAGCAGAGGAAGCUGCUGGUGCCGCCGCCCCAUCGAGACGGAUGAACGAACGAACGAACGAUCGCUUUACUACCCACACACGGACGGACGGACCGUCGGCGUCCCUAUUUAUUCCCUCCACGACUCGUCCACCCCCAAACAUGUGUGUCAUGUCAUGGCAGUAGGAUGCAGAUGUAAGCUAACAAGUAACAGUAAAACAGAGACAGUCAUUUAGACCCACAA